UUUAGGCGCAAGUUCAUACAAGUUAAUAUAAGUGAAUACAAGUCAACUGCCUUCUCUCUAUAACUUUAUUAGAAAUACUACAGACAUCCGGGUCAUCAAACACUUGCAUUAUUCUAAGCUUGAAAUGGACAAUAACUGGAUCAAAUACAAGUGUAAGUCUGGUCAGACUUUGUUUAUCUACAACAAAGUGACAGGAGAACACAAGUGGCCUACUGAUGAUUCAACAGAAGAAAACUGUGUCAUGAUUGGUGAGCCAGUUGUGUACAAAGACAUGUGUAGUACUGCCACACAGACAGAUGAUAAUGGCUGUAAUAAUGGCUGUACUUCUAUSUACAUCAACCUAGAUCAUUCAACCAACGACACAGAAACAUCGCCACAGCACUACAGUGAAAGAGAAGGAUUGGAUAUUGAACAUGGUGUACAUGCAGAUAAUAGACUUGGUGCUGGAGAUAGAGAAGUGGCAARCAUGUUCAUGGAUGAAAUUGAUGCAAUGUUGAAAGUGCUUGAAGAAACAAAUGUCAAUGUAGACAACAGCAAAACWACAGAUUCUUCUGUUGAAAAUAAAGGCAUUGGUGUAGAUAAGGAAAGCGAACUUCAAGAGCAAGAAGGAAAUGACAUCAAUCAAUCACUAGAUAUCAUACUGGCAAGUGACGAUAAUCAAGCAACAGUUUCUCCUCUCGGCAAGUCAGUUGGGUCUAAGGCAAAAUGUUUUCACUGUCCUAACUGUAAGAAAACCCUCAAAACAAAAUCUGAAUUGAAAGUUCAUUUACGCACCCAUACUGGAGAGAAGCCAUUUGAAUGUUCUUACUGUAAAAAGAAAUUCAAAUACAAGUCACAGUUGGUUGAUCACACAAGAACUCAUACUGGAGAGAAGCCAUUUGAAUGUUCUUACUGCAAAAAGAAAUUCAGAUACAAGUCACUGUUGGUUUAUCACACAAGAACUCAUACUGGAGAGAAGCCAUUUGAGUGUUCUUACUGCAAAAAGAAAUUCACACAAAGGUCACUGUUGGUUUAUCACACAAGAACUCAUACUGGAGAGAAGCCAUUUGAAUGUUCUUACUGCAAAAAGAAAUUCACACAAAGUUCACAAUUGAUUAAACACACAAGAAUCCAUACUGGAGAGAGGCCAUUUGAAUGUUCUUACUGUGUUAAAAAGUUCAAAGUAAAGUCUCAAUUAACAAAACAUAUAAAAACCCACACYGGAGAGAAACCAUUCGAAUGUUCUUWCUGCAAAAAAACAUUUAGAGAAAAUAUAACUUUAAAGUAUCACCUUAGACUUCACACUGGAGAAAAGCCAUUUGAAUGCUCUUACUGCGAAAGGAAAUUUGUUCAAAAGAUAAAUCUUAUUAUUCACACAAGAACCCACACUGGUGAGAAGCCAUUUGAAUGUUGUUAYUGCAAAAAGAAAUUUGCUGAGAAGAAUACCUUGAAAGAUCACUUAAAAACYCACACUGGAGAGAAACCAUUUGAAUGUCAUUACUGCAAAAGGAGGUUUUCACUGAAGAUGAAUCUAAAGAAUCACAUAACAUCCAAGCACACWGGAGAGAAACCAUUUGAAUGUUCUUACUGCAAGAAAGUAUUUGCAGUAAGGAGGUAUUUGACUGAGCAUCUAAAAACACACACUGGAGAAGAGCGCUUUGAGUGUUCUUACUGCAAAAUGAAGUUUGUACGAAAGAGUCAUUUUUUGUGUCACCUAAGAAUCCAUACUGGGGAGAAGCCUUAUGAAUGUUCCUACUGCGAGAARAAAUAYGCAAUAAAGAGUGAUUUGAAUCGUCAUUUAACCAUCCACACCGGAGAGAARCCAUUYGAAUGUUCCUACUGCAAAAAGAAAUAUAGACUAAAGAGGACCUUGGUGGACCAUUUAAGAMUUCACACUGGAGAGAAACCAUUUGAAUGUACCUUCUGUAAAAUAAAAUUUACUCAUAGGAAUUCAUUUAAGAGUCACCUAAAAAUACAUGCUGAAGGGGAGCCCUCUGGAUGAACCUACAUUGAAUUUGGGCAAAAGUGCAUUUUUAAUUACAAUUAUUUGGCUUAAAAAUAGAAAUGAUUAGUACAUGACUGUACAGUAAUAGCAAAGAGGCAAGAUUUGCUGUUACUCUGAGUUUCAUGCUUCUUGCCUCUUAUAGUUAUAAAAAAGAAAACUAAAAAAUCAUUGUUUAAUAAGUCAAUAAAUAAAAAAGACGAGAGAAAACUAAAAUUGUGCUUUAGGAUGCAGAUUUUAGUUUAAGACCAUUUAUUCAUUCCAAUGCAAGUUGUAGACUUUUCUUAUUAGCUAUCUUUUUACUAUCGUGCAAUGAAAUAAAAGUCUUUUGCUCAUCAAUAUUAA